CUUCCUUGGCUUGGCGUAUGCCUCUCCGUCUCCUUGGCUUGCCUUUUGCUCUUUCUCGCUGAGCUGUUUUAGUGUUUUGGUUCGACUCUUCUACGCCAGGACCUCUCUGACCCUUGACCUCUUCUGCCUCUCCUGUACAGCCCUCUAUCUGACUACCCCUCUAUCGCUCUAUCUGUUUAACCCUCUGCCUCUGUACUUCUCAAAGCCCUCCUGUCAUAUUCUCUCUGUCUGUCAGCCUGUCUGUCUGUCAGUCAGUCAGUCAGCUUGUCUGUCUGCCUGCUCGCUUGCUUGGGCUCUGUCAAUGUCUGUGUGUCCCUGUUUCUUAAUACUCCUUUCUUAAUUCGGACACAUCACUCUCACAUCUCUCUCUCUCUCUCUCUCUCUCUCUCUCUCUCUCUCUCUCUCUCUCUCUCUCUCUCUCUCUCUCUCUCUCUCUCUCUCUCUCUCUCUCUCUCUCUCUCUCUCUCUCUUACUCUCUCUCUUUCUGUUAUGUCUGCUGGGUUGUGCUGGGUCCGUGUUUUCUCUGUGUCAGCGUGUGGGUGUGGGGUGUGUGAGUGUGUGUGUCGUGCCAUAAGGGAGUAUGGGCAGAAGGGAGCUGGUGUCUCUCUAUAAGAACUUUCUGGACUGUCUCUGCCAAUGCCUGUGUCAGGGUGAGAGUCAGGCUCCUGUGAAGGACGACAACCACGGCCACCUUCUGUACCACAGCGGAGAUGUACUGCAGGACAGAUAUGAGAUUGUGGACACUCUUGGUGAAGGCACCUUUGGGAAAGUGGUCCAGUGCAUAGACCGCAACCAUGAGAGGCGCGUGGCACUAAAGAUCAUUAAGAAUGUGGAGAAGUAUAAAGAGGCAGCUCAUCUGGAAAUCAACGUCUUGGAGAAACUCAAGGCCCAAGAUCCAGAACACAAACAUUUCUGUGUGCAGAUGCUGGACUGGUUUGAUUACCAUGGCCACAUGUGCAUCAGCUUCGAGCUGCUGUCCGUCAGCACGUUUGACUUCAUGAAGGAGAACCACUACCUGCCCUACCCCAUCAACCAGAUACGACACAUGGCCCAGCAGAUCUGUCUAGCGGUCCAAUUUCUCCAUGACAACAACCUGACGCAUACAGACCUGAAGCCGGAGAACAUCCUCUUUGUCAAUCCGGAAUAUUCCGUCACGUACAAUGCGGAGAAGAAGCGCGAGGAGCGCUCGAUAAAGGACACGUCGGUGCGACUGGUGGAUUUCGGCAGCGCCACAUUUGACCACGAGCACCACAGCACUGUCGUAUCAACCAGACACUACCGCGCACCCGAGGUCAUACUAGAGCUGGGUUGGGGCCAUCCAUGUGACGUCUGGAGUAUCGGUUGCAUUCUGUUUGAGUACUACCAGGGAUACACACUCUUCCAGACUCAUGAUAACAGAGAGCACCUGGCUAUGAUGCAGAGGAUACAGGGACCACUGCCCUCCAAAAUGAUACGCCGCACCAGGAAGCAGCGGUAUUUUGUUCAUGGGAAACUAUUCUGGGAGGAGAACUCCUCCGCUGGACGGUACGUCAAAGAAAACUGUAAACCCCUUAAGGGCUACAUACUAGAGGACUGUGAAGAGCAUGUUCAGCUGGUUGACCUGAUGGGUCGUCUGAUGGAGUACGAGCCCCUCCGCCGCAUCUCCCUCUCCGCAUCCCUCCGCCAUCCCUUCUUCUCAUCCCUCACUUCCAGCCUCUCCGCAUACAGCUGGGUGUGGCAGAGCAGCCUGGAAAUCGACAGAUGAACUCACACACACACACACACGCACACGUACACACACACACACACACACACACACACACACACACACACACACACACACACACACACACACACACACACACACACACACACACACACACACACACACACUUUUGGACAGAUCUCUUCUGGCAAGAGGUUAAAGUGGUGGUGUCUCUCAAAAGCUCCUCAAGAUGGACUUCCGAGUUCCCGCCCACUAUGUGCAUGUCAUCCUGAGCUGGACUCUUUUAAUUGGCCGGUGACAUUUGAUUAACAAGAGCCAAGAGCCCAACUGUGUAUCAGUGUUACUGGAAUUUUGUAGUGUUGCAAUGUUUUACUGUUGUUUUUCAUUUUACAGACACAUACAUAUACACACAAGCAACAAUAGUGUUAUCAUGGAUAUGUUGUUGUUGAAGAUUUUUUGUUUCUCUCACAACGUCACAAACAACACAGUGGAACAACAUCCAUUUCUCUCUAUUCUGGUGUCAAGUUUGAAUCAAUAAAAGACACACG